AUGGUUAAUCAGGUUCGUGCGCUCCACCCAAAGUCGAAACGUAUACAUAUUGGUGCUGAUGAGGCAUUCCAUAUCGCUGAGGAUGAUCGAUGCCGUGCUCGUAUCUCUCAAAUGGGAUUAUCCGACCAGCGAAGAGCAACUGAAAAGCUUAAACUUGCUCACAUAGCCAAGGUGGCGCGAAUUGCAAAAGGCGCCGGAUUCAAGGAGGUUUUCGCUUGGAAUGAUAUGUUCGAUAAGUCGCUGGUAGAAGAUAUUCGUGCAGCUGGACUGGGAGAUUUGAUUAUCCCAGUUGUUUGGGGCUACAAAAUUGAUGUCACAGAGGAAGGAUAUUUCCCACCGGGACUGUUCGAAAGGCUACCUCAGAGUAUCGGCGGGCAUGUAGGAGGUAUAAUUCUUACUGGAUGGCAACGCUACAUGCAUCGAGCGCCAUUGUGUGAGCUGCUCGCCAUCUCAAUUCCAUCACUGGCUACCGACCUCGUAUACAUCCAAGAUGUCACGCGUGACCGCAACGAGAUGUGGAAUUAUGUCAGG